AUGGCACCAGACCCGCACCAAGGAGGCCGUCUAGAAGACAUGGCUGCAGAGGGCACGACCAUUCCUGGCGAUGCUGGCAAGAUGAACGUGGUUUCACCCUCUGACCACCCAGAUCAGACUCACACGAAUCUCGCACAUGCAGCAGAUAACGCUUUCGACAUACCGCGCAGUGUGAACGACCGCGGACAAACAGGCGAAGUCAUAACUGGUACUGGCGACCAGCUACCGUCAAGUAUUGAGAAGAAGAACCUGGAUGACGCGGGCUUCGACCCAAGGGCAAAGGGUCACGACCAGUACGCGAAGCAUGCUCGGCAGGAUAAUCCUAUGGACAGCUUGAAGCAUGGAGCUGGUAGUCAUGACGUGGAGGCUGCGCCCGGUGAAGAGGAAGAGAGUCAGGAUGCGCUUCUGAACAAGAGAGGUGCGAACGUUCCUGUCCGCAAAAUGGUGUACUACUUCUCGUCCAACACGGUGUCGCCGUCAGCCUUUAUCUACGUCGGCAAAGACAAGGUUGAGAACGAAGAGCUUAUCAAAUACGGCUGGGACGAAGAUGUCUGGUUUCACGCCGACAACCUCUCUUCGGCCCAUAUCUACGUCCGGUUACCCGAGGGCGAAGAUUGGGAAAACAUGAGCAAAGAGUUGCUGGUGGACUGCGCGCAACUAACCAAGGCGAACAGUAUUGAGGGCAACAAGAAAGACAACGUUACGAUUGUGUAUACGCCUUGGAGCAACCUGAAGAAAGAUGGGAGUAUGGCUGUAGGUCAAGUUGGGUUCAAGGAUCAGCGAAAGGUGAAGCGCAUACAUGUGGAGCAGCGAGAAAAUCCUAUUGUCAACCGUCUUAACAAAACUAAAGUUGAGAAGUACCCCGACCUAAGAGAGGAGCGAGAAGCGAGGCGGGCGGAGUUGAGGAAGCGAGAUCAAAGUGCUCUGCAAGCCAAGCGCAAAGAAGAGGCCCGUAUAGCCAAGGAGCGCAAGGAGCUUGCGUGGCGGAGAGAUCAUGCCUACGACGAUGUCAUGACAGAGGAGAGUCUGGAGCAAAACUCCAACGAGAACCGCGAUGAGAACUUCCUCGAUGACUUCAUGUGA